AUGUCAGUAGUUUCUAGCAAAUUACCUGUUGGUUCAUUUGUCUUUACAUCCAACCAAACACGACAACAACAAUCUGAUGUAGAACGUGAAUUUAUUGUCGAAUGUAAGUUUUCCCCCAAAGCACAUCAUUUAGUUCUCCGUCUGUUAAAUGAGUUUCCAUCAGCAAAUAGAGAUGAACAAAAAACAUGUUUUUAUUCGUAA